AUGUCUACACCUCCCUCCGCGGGUCUCACACCCAAGACCCCCAAGCGAAGCUCUCCUCCGGCUUUGAAGCCUCAUCACGAAGAGGAAAACAUCCAGCCUUCCAUCGAGUCAGCUGCCUCGGGUCUCCCUGCCUUCAAGCAGAAGCAAACCAUUGCAACUCUUGCUACGUCCAAACUUGCCAAUCAGAAUGUUCUCAAGGUUGGUUCUUCCUCCCGCAAUCUGCCGCUUCGCUCACAACGGCGACAGAAGAAGACCAAUCAGGACACGAUUGCUGGCACGAACCCUAUGGAUAUGCUCCUUGCCAAGCUGUCUGAGCAGCAAGCUGCCCUCGAUCAACAGAACGAAGCUUUGAAGAACUCUGAUGAGAACAGCUUGUACUCCCGUCACUUCGACAAGGCUUCUUCGAGGACGAACUCGGUCCCUAUCACUCCUGCCACGGACUCGUUCCCCACGACUGCGCCCACGAGUCGCCCAACCAGUGCCGCUCUAAAGGAGACUAACGGCAACGUGGACGAGCUCCUUCGACUGAAGAUGGAGCUUGCCCGAGCGCAGAACAAAAUCUCUCGCCUUGAUCACGAACUGGCCCAGUCGCGCUCGGUCAAGCAAGAAGAAGACAUCGCUCCGGCUCCGCCUGCGGCUCGUUCGGGGGCAUUCGGAGCUGAGAACGCCUGGCCUACCGACGACAACUCCUCGGAUAUCGGCGCCCCUUUCAUCAACAGCUACAGUCGUCCCCGCCAUUGGAGCAACAAUAGAGCUCCUCUCUCCUUUGAUGCGGCUGCUCCUAUUUCCGACUCUGGUGGUGACUGGUAUGGUGGCGGACGUGGCGGCUUCAACCAGGGCUAUAUGGAUCCCGCUGGUCCGUACUCUAUGGCGGAUGGUUUUCGCAAUGAUCGUAUGAGCCAUGAACCCGAGAUGUACUCUCGGCCCCCUAGCAGUCGCCGAAACAACCGGUUCGACAACAGCCGCUGGCCGUCUCCUCAGCCAUACGGAGGAACCAACUUUGGACAUAACUAUGGCGGCUUCACUCCCUCUCCUGCUCCGUUCGAUCCCAUGGGUGGUCCUCCUGGUAGCGCUUCAGGCAAUAUGGGCUAUCAAGGCUUCAACCAGCAGGGUCCAGGAAGUUCAUUGUCUCCCCAUGCAACUGAGUUCACCACUGGCGAUGGAUGGAAGAGCGAGGCCAUUGCCACGGAGGGCCAGACGUACCUGCCAACUACUGAGCCUCUCAACUACCGCCGCUUGUUGGAUCGGAAUGUCAAUUGCAACUGGAAGUACAUUGUGGAUAAGAUUGUCUGCAACAAUGACCAGCAGGCCUCCAUCUUCCUGCAGCAGAAGCUCAAGGUUGGCACUCCAGACCAGAAGUACGAGAUCGUGGAGGCAAUCGUUGCCCAAGCGUAUCCUCUCAUGGUCAACCGUUUUGGCAACUUCCUUGUACAGCGUUGCUUCGAGCACGGCACUCCAGAGCAAGUUGUUAAGAUCGCGGAAGCCAUUCGCGGCAAUACUCUCAAUCUGUCCAUGGAUCCCUUUGGUUGCCAUGUCGUUCAGAAGGCGUUCGACUCCGUCCCCGAGGACUACAAGGCUAUCAUGGUCCACGAACUUCUUCGCAGAAUUCCCGAGACCGUUAUUCAUCGUUACGCCUGUCAUGUCUGGCAGAAGCUCUUUGAGCUUCGAUGGUCCGAGUCCCCGCCCCAGAUCAUGAAGUUCGUCAAUGAGGCUUUGCGAGGCAUGUGGCACGAAGUCGCUUUGGGCGAAACUGGCAGUCUGGUUGUCCAGAACAUCUUCGAGAAUUGUCUCGAGGAAGAUAAGCGUCCCUGUAUUGAGGAAGUCCUUGCCAACAUUGACAUUGUGGCUCACGGACAGUUCGGAAACUGGUGCAUCCAGCACAUCUGUGAGCAUGGCGCUCCAGCGGACAGAAGCCGUGCUAUCGAUCAUGUCAUUCGCUACGCUGCCGAAUACAGCACUGAUCAGUACGCCUCCAAGGUUGUCGAGAAGUGCCUGAAGAUUGGAGGGGGAGAGUUCCUCAGCCGCUAUCUUGAUCGGGUCUGUGAGGGUCGCGUUGAUCGCCCUCGCAUCCCCCUCGUUGACAUUGCAAGCGACCAGUACGGCAAUUAUCUCAUUCAGUACAUCCUCACUCAUGCGGGUCUGCAGCACCGUGAGGUUGUCGCCGCCCACAUCCGCAAGCACAUGGUCUCUCUUCGAGGCUCCAAGUUUGGAUCUCGCGUGGGCAUGCUUUGCACCAACCCCGCUGUUGCUACUCGUCCCGGCCCCGGAGUUGGUCCUGCCAUGAACCGUAUGGGUGCUGGUCCUCGUUACAGUGGCGGCGGCGGCUACCGCUAG